GGGUUCCCGCCCGCCUGUCCGGCCCUCUCCCGCCGCCCGCCACAUGCAGGCCGCCGCCGCCCUCCCCGAGGAGAUCCUUUGGCUCCUGGAAGAUACUGAGGAGUUCCUGGCCGAAGGAUUGCGGAAUGAGAACCUCAGUGCUGGUGCAAAGGACAACAGAGACCAUAUUCUACGGGGCUUGCAGCAAAUCAAAGCUAGAUACUUUUGGAAUUUUCAGCCCCAAGGAGGAGACCAACCUGAAAAUUACCUUGGACAGGACAGCUCCGAUGAUAAUCACAGUGGAACUCAUGGCCCUUCUUUUACAUCAGAUGCACCUUUUUUGUCAGAUUAUCAGGAUGAGGGAAUGGAAGACAUCGAAAGAGGAGCUCAAGAGCUUGAUAAUAUCAUCAAGCAAGGAUACUUAGAGAAGAAAAGCAAAGAUCAUAGUUUCUUUGGAUCAGAGUGGCAGAAGCGAUGGUGUGUUGUCAGCAGAGGCCUCUUCUACUACUAUGCUAAUGAGAAAAGCAAGCAGCCCAAAGGGAUCUUCCUCAUUAAGGGCUACAGUGUACGGAUGGCCCCCUACCUGCGAAAAGAUUCCAAGAAAGAAUCCUGCUUUGAGCUGACCUCCCAGGAUAGGCGCAGCUAUGAGUUUACAGCUUCUAGUCCAGCUGAAGCCAGAGACUGGGUGGAUCAAAUAGGUUUCUUAUUAAAGGACCUGAGCUCCUUAACCAUUCCAUAUGAAGAGGAGGAAGAGGAGGAGGAAGAAGAGGAGAAAGAGGAAGAAGAAGAGAUGUACGAUGAUAUCGAUGGUUUUGACUCCUCAAAUUCUGGUUCCCAAAGCAGACCCAUUAUCUUGCCUGGGAGCGUGGGGCUCAAAGAGCUGAUGGGGGAGAAAGAAGAAGAUAUUUAUGAACUCUUACCAGAUGAAGAGCAUGAUCUAGAAGAGGAUGAGAGUGGCACUCAACAAAAAGGAGUGGACUAUGCCAGUUAUUACCAGGGCCUAUGGGAUUGCCAUGGUGACCAGUCAGAUGAACUGUCCUUCCAACGAGGUGACCUCAUCCGAAUUCUGAGCAAGGAAUAUAGUAUGUAUGGCUGGUGGGUCGGAGAACUGAACAGCCUCAUUGGGAUUGUUCCAAAGGAGUAUCUCACCACGGCCUUUGAAGUGGAAGAAAGAUGAAGCCCAGAACAAAACUCCUGGAUACCAGGGACAGAGGCGCUUUAAUCUCUGGCCGAAAGGAAGCUCUCCCUGCAGCCUCCCCACAAGGAGCGACUCUGGGAGGAUAAAUCUUGAGUGGCACUGACUUGCUAAUUCCCAGAGCACCAGCAGACUCUGUAGAGCUGACUUUAGAAAAAGCAGCCGUCUACAUAGAGGAUUAUCCCUGUUACACAGCCCAGUGACUCAAACUAAUUUUCUCAUUUGUGGAUUACCCUAGUCCCUUGCUUCCCCUCUCUUCUGCCCAGCUAUUUCAUUUCCCAUUAGAAUUUACAGAGAUUGGGCAGGAAGUUUGAAACUUAAAACUAAAGAGAGAUUUUUCUUCUUCAAGGGAUUUGAAUUAAUUCUGUUUUCCUAUCAAAAACUAACUGCUCAGAAAACAUGGUUUUGUUUUUGGAUUUUUUUUUAAUAUGAACUGACUACCCUUUUGCGACUCUUGGGAUUCAAUUAAUGAUAUAUUUUAAGAUGCAGCCCAUUUUGUACCAAAAUCCUUUCUAAAUAUAACGUCCCUAUUCCUAAAAAACUACAGUAUUUGAGGAAACUAAAGUACAAUUAAUAGACUAUAUAAUUUAUUUUCUAAAUAGUGACUUUUUUGAAAAUGAAGGGGCAUUACUAAUAAGGAUGCCAGAAUCGUAGGUAUAAACAGGGAUGAGUGCUCACCCUAAAAAUAUGCCAAAAUAGGUUAUCUAGUCACCAGGGGAGUGGACAGCAGAUAGAGAGAUGAACUGGUUCUCCUGGUACAGUGUUUGGCAACAUCAUUUCUCCACUGCAGGCCUGGCCCCUAGGCAAACCCUGCCAACUAGGCUCUCAUUUCCUGAUGCCCAGGCUGUUCUGAGAGGCCUGGUGUCUCUGGCAUCAAGCUGCUCAUGGCAGUGGCCAGCCGUCAGCAGCUGUGUGUGUUCACUCCCUCACGGGGCCCAUCACCGCCUGCCACCCCACCACCUGGCAGAGUGCCACUGAGGGAAGCAUUUUGUGGCACCAGGCAAUAGCAUGCCACUUCCUUGCCUCCCAUGAUGGGAGUGAGUUCCAAGAGGUUUCUAGUGCAGGUCCUCAAAGAAGGCAUCUGGUUCCACUGCAGAUCCUCUUAGCCUGAUGGUGAGCAGCUGGGCACCUUUUAUCCCCCACAUGCGAUCAUGGAACAGAAAACAGGCUACAAACACCUCCCUUUGAACCAUAGUCAGGCACGGGCAUUGCUCUGCCCUGAAUCAGCACGAUGGCACAUGCACACCACCUACAUUUCCUGGAUGCCUCCCAUGGUGGGCACCCUGCUCAGCCUAUCGUUAAUAUGUUCCAUCUCCAAGAAAGCACCUGGCAUCUGGAGAUUUGGGAUCACUUCUUCAACGUCUCCAAAGCAGUGCAGUGGAGGUGUGGGAGGGGGAGGGACUGAGAGCUUACUGCUUCAUUCUGUUAAUACAGGGCUUCUCAACGUGGCACUCCUGACAUUGGGAUCAGAUAAUUUUAUGUUUGCGGGGCUGUUAAAUGUUCAGCAGCAUCUGGCCUCUACCCACUAGAUGCCAGUACUGAUCCCCCUAGCAGCUCCCCCCACUUCUGACAGAAGUGUCUCGAGACAUUGUCAGAUGUGCCCUGGGAACAAAACGACCCCUGGUGGAACAUGGAGGUCUGCUCACCUGCACUGCCGCAGAGCCGCACCACAAAAGUAAUGUUUUCGAAUGAAUAAACUGGUGCUUUCUGAUUCAGAGAGCUGCACCAUAGUGAGUCCUGUAGUAACUAUCCUUUUUCCUGUUUCUGUAGCAGAAACCUAGAAGGGGUGCCCUGAAAGUCUCAAACAGGACUGAAUGUUAACCCUGUGUACUAUUUCAGAGCAAGAAUCCCAGGUUCUCACAACCAGCAUAGAAAUCGCUGCGGUGCAAGGGCCCAUGCUGGAUCCCUGCACUUGGUCUGGGGCUGGUGUGGUACCGACUGCUCGUCCUGGGCAGAGCUGGGGGUCAGGACAGUCAUCUUAAGGCUGUGAUUUUCCUGGUCCUUCGUGUUAGUUUAGGAGAAAGUCCUCUCUUACAGAAUGACUCCCAGGAGCUCUGUCAAGAAUUAAAAAAAAAACAAAAACACAACCAAAACCCAUCACUUUCUCAGGAGGCCAAAAGAAGACGGAGGGUCCAGGACCUUUGUCUCUGACUGCAGAGGGCAGACCGAAGGGCCAGCCGGAGCCCUGUCCACACUGCCUCCCAUGGGUCCUGAAUCUGAGGCACCUGGAAGGGUUAUUAGCAGGAUUGGAACUCAUCCCUCUGCUGGGACUAGAUCAUAAUUACAGUAAUUUUCUAACAGAGCUCGGCAGUAGGACUGUUUAAUCAGCAUCUGACUCCCUUGUGUUCCCAGCCCUCAUCACUCAAGGAGAGGAGUGGGAUGGCUCUUAAAGAGACAGUGCCUGCCUUUCGGCGUUGCUAACAGAUGUGCCCUAAUUGGUAGAAUAUAUCUAAGCCUUGUAGCUUAUAGCAGGCAGGUUACAUUGCCUCCAACAAACCGCCACAAGCUCUCACUAUCCUUGGCCUUCUGCUAGAGGGAUUCAGGUCAGGCUGCUGGUGGGCCUGGCUUCCCACGCCAACCAGGCCACCAGGGGAAGGGACACACACAGGGCUAGAGCACCUAAAAGGCUAAAACACUUAAAACACACACACAAAGGCUCUAACUAGCUGGCCCCUUCAAAAGGCUGUUUGAAAGAAAAAGUCUAGCAGGCUGGAAACCGGAAGGAAGGACUUGACAGCCGCAGGUAAGAAAUGUUAAUCCACAGAUCACAGAAGCAUCUCGUGUUCCUGCCCUUCCAGGGGAGAAGCCCUUGAAGACUUUUGGGUGGUCCUUUCAUUCUCACAGUCGCUUCACCAUCUCUCUACUUAAGAUUCACACCUCCUGAGACUUGCCUGCUGGUCUAGUGGCUGAGACUUCGUGUUUACAAUGCAGGGGGCCCAGGUUCAAUUCCUGGUGAGGGAACUAGAUCCCACAUGU